CGGCACGUCAGUUUCGAGAGAACCGUGUUCGUUACAAGUUGCGUGUUGACGACGCUCGGUGCUCGCGUCACCUUUACCAUAUAUUGCCCACUACCUCGGUUUAUUAGUACUGACUGAUUGUUUUAGUUUUCUUUUAUGUUUGGUCGGUGUACGCAGUGAUUAUCAUACAUUCCCCUCGUCGAUUUUACGUUGCUGUCGGACGGUUUGGUAUGCUGAAUGCGAAGUAAGAACCACCACAGUGGGGAAAGGAACAGAACGAGCACAGUUGUGUCAACGGGCGGAAUAAGGUUAAAUUUAAGGUGUGUACCAUCGUUUCGAGUAACCCAGUUUCCUUGAAGCCUUGGGCGAGAUGAAUUACGGUCGGAAGACUCCGUCGACGUACAGGUCGACGCCAUCGGUCUAUUCGCACAUUACGAGCCGAUCGCAAACGAAUCUGCACUCCCAGCGAUCGCGAUCGAUGAAAUCCAUCCGGAUACCAUGGUACCAGAAACCGAUGCUGCACAAUAACAAAUACAUCGACAUCCAGAGGGGAGCGAUCAUCACCGGGACGUUUUCGAUCUUCAUCGCCAUAUUUACGAUCGCAACGGCGAUCUUCGAUGUAUAUUGCCUGGCGAUGGCAUCGCCUGGAUCUACCCACUACGGGUACUACAUCAUUUCGUACGAGUUUGUCUACGUUGGAAACACUCACGUUCGGAACGCCCUGAUGAUCGCUGCUCUAUUUUCGUUACUCGGAGGACUGGUUGUGCUGGUGACCAGCAUCAUGUUGGUGCACGCUCUUCGCAAAGAACACGAGAACCGCGUCGUUCCUUGGCUGUGGUCCUUUGCCAUAUUCACGCUCUUCCGGGUCCUAGCGCUGCUGCUGUUCUCGAUCGUGAACGAUCUGAUCUUUGCGUACAACGUGCUCAUCACCCUGAUCUGGAUCCUGAUCAUCCUGGCAUCCGCUUACGGAUGGUUGGUUGUCUACACGCUCUAUCUGGAGCUUGCUGAUCUGACCAAGCUGGAAGAUCUGGCCCAUCUACGAAUGGGAACGAUGCAGUCGCUGAACGCUUCGGUAGCUCAUUCACUGGCCGGAUCGCGUCCAACGACGCCGCACAGCACCGUAUCGACGAUGCCAGUCGGUGGAGUAGUCUAGGUACAACGCCCGCUCAUCGGACGCUCCCAACAAGGCCAGCAACUCGAACAUAACAUACAAAUAAAAUACAAAAUCGGAAGAAUACAAAUAAAUCGUAAAUCAGUAGAGUACUAAGCGACGAACCCCUUUGAGCUGGGGUGAUUGUCAGUGGUAGCGAUAUAGCAUUUAAGUCCGUCCGCGUUUUUAGUGUAAGAUUUUAGAUCUACUAACCAAUCCACAAUCGAAAUCGAACGAACUGUAAAGAUGUGCCUUUUUCUGGAUGUGUAAACUUAGAAACCGUUCAAAUCGUGUUACUUUUAAUCCAUUCCCGUACUUGCGUGGAGCAAAGUUCUCACCCGACGAAGAGGAGAAAUCUCUGUUUUACUAGAUUUAGACUUGCCUAGCGUUGUAAGAACUAAGUAAGAAGAAUAAAAGCCAAACAAAAAUCGA